AUGCUGCAUGGCUCGGCGGAGUUAAAUUUGACGCCUGCUGAGGCUGACCGAGAGUCGUUUCGAGCUGAGCUCUCAUUAUUUCUUGAGUCGCGCAAAACUGACAGGCCGAAAUCGCCUGCAAAAAAGAUACUAGCCGAUGUUGAAUUGAACAAAAUGGCAGGAGUUAAACAGAAUAGCAAGCUGAUGCCUUUAGAGGACCAUUUCAAGAAUAGGCUAGAACGGUUUCUGAUGACUGUUCCUCCAUGCUCUGAGCAGACCAGCAACGAUGACAUACACCUGGCGAUCCAAGGGUUCAAGGGCCUACGAGCAUUGUCCAAUGACAGAAGAGCAAAAAGUUACUUUUGGAAUAAGGAACUCGAGUUUAUACGAUCUGGUAUGCAAUUCAAGUCGAAGUUGGCCGAUGUCAUUGACGACUUCACCACCUUGACAUUGGCCACCACGAACGAGAGGCUUUCUGAAAUACUUGCCACAGACAGUCCCUUACAGUGGAAAGCUCAUGAUUAUGUGACCAGUAUUCCGGUUGCAAUCGGAAAGGCUAAAAUCAGCUACGAAUUUGCAGACUUACAUCUACUGAUCUGUGAGCUCAUGAUCAACAGGCUUGAACUUGGUGCAACUGUUGAUAUACCACUCACCCACUUCAUCAAAAUGAUGUCGAGGACAUCAAAUUUCUUUGGAUGGAUAACGAGCCUUCCAGAGGAGAAAUUACAGUUGAUAUCAAGAAGAGCCAGUAAGGGGUUCAUGAGACUGGCCAAUUGCACAAAGACUGUUCUGAAGCUUGGGUUCUUCAUCAAAGCCUUGGAAUUUGGACAGAAGACUGUCAUGUUUGAGAAGGAGGUCUUGAAACUCAAACUUAUGUAUGAUACAAUGGUGCUGAAGAACAAAGCUCAAGUUUACCAGUAUACAUCACUACCGUUCUGGGAUCUAUGCGAAAGUCUGAGCCAGCAAGGCUGCGAGUUUUCGACAGAGAUGAUAAUGCUUGUUCAAAACUACGACAAGAUUAAGACAAACAGCUUGAAUUGGCGAAAGUUUUUGAACAGAGCUGAGAGUUCGGCUUCUGAAGUUCCAAUAGAGGGUGUUCUCCAAGAACUCCAAAUUCAAACGGAUACAUCAGUUCAGGCCUUACGCGAAAAAAUAUUCGAGUCAGGAGAAGAGUUUAUCCAGAGCAAAUCUUCCUUCUCUUCAAUUUCGCACAGUUUGAAUCAACUCUUGAAAGACCCCGACUCUUCUAGAGCUGAGCUGUUAGGUCUUAUCGAUUCUAUCCUGGAGUUCAUAUUGAGGUCGGGACAGGUAACCAGAUACCACUACCCAUUUUUGGAUAACAUUACUCUCUUACUGAAAUCAUUUGAAAAUGAUUUGGAGAACGAAGCAGGCUUCGUGAGCAAUGUCUCAAAACUUAUAGAUAUUCUGAAAGGUCAGGGCCAGUUGAAAAGAAUGCGAAACUUUUCAAAUCUGUUGUUUCAAAGCGGUACGAAACUACUUCCAGUUGAUGUUUCGCGUGCAAUAGCACACUGGAAUAAAUGCGUUGAAGCAGAAGUCCUAAACUUUGAAGGUAAUUCUGCUGAAAUUGAAAUGCUCAAGGCAAAAACUGAGAGGAUUUCCAAUGCAUUGAUCGAAGCUGGAAAUCCUCAUGAUGGUUCUUCAUUUCUCGUAACACUUUUGCAAGUGUACCAAGAUCGAACGGGUGAGAUGCCUUUUUUCGAAUUGCUGCCGCAAUUCAGAGAUGAAAUGGCAAUUCCUACCAAGCUGCUGUCUAAGGCAAUCUUGCAGCAAAGUGAUACUUUGUCUGUGAUUUUCACACCAGAGAUUCUAAGCGACACAACGAAGGCUGUUUUGGCCGUGGAAAUAUUAGAGACCCUAGGUGGAUAUGCCAUUAAGAACAGAAUAUCUCUGUUUCUUGGUCUUGCACAUGUGCUAACCACUGAAAUCAAAGAUAAAGGCCUUUUAUUGAUAUGUCUUCUCAAAGUUCACGAUGUCAUUCCUACCGAGACUCUGUUAUUUGAACAACUUUGUGAUUUUGACUUUGAAUCAUCUGUCGGUAGUUAUGAGGCGGUGAUUUUGUCAAAGGCAUACCUGAAAAUGUGCGUUGUAUCUUCGUCUUUCCACAAAACCAAGUUACUUCAGGGUAUUGAGAGGUUUCUGGAAGCAGCAGCCCUUCCACCAUCCCAUUGCACGCUGUUUUACGAGCUGGAAGUCUUGAACGAGCUUUUCAACUAUCUUGUCUACACCGGGCUUCAUGCUUAUGCUUCUUACAUGGUGAGCCAAUAUCUGGACAAUCGAAAGUCAUGUCUCACCGAGGAAAAAUUGAUCGACAUUAGUUUAAAACUCUCGGAGGUUAAGCUCUACUUGAAGUUCCCACUCCAAGUGUCCAAUUCCUUGACCUCUACAGGUGUCAUAAUGAAAGGUUCAAAAGAGAAGGUUGAGAUUAUGCCAUUGGUGAAUUGGAAACUGCAGCAACUGGAGUACCUUAUAGAGACUGGAAAUUUGUCUCAUGCAAAACAGAAAUGUCAACUAUUGCUGGACUGGUUCAGUGAGACUGAUGAACUUCAUUAUGAAAAAGCACGGAAUAAGUACAGAAGUGUGGAGACAUUAUUCGAAUAUGCUCGACUGCAAUACUUGGUGUCAAGACUGCAAUCUGAGGAAAACAGGCAUGUUCAGGCAGUUAGUGGGUUGAAACGGUCAAUCAAAAUCCUCCAGAAUAUCUUGCAAAAGUUUAUUCCUUCGCUCAUUGCCGUUGAUGCCUACCGGUCAAAUCAGUUGCGUUGGAGGGCUUCCAGCUACUUGAUCAACUCUUUCAAAGUGUUGAUUAGCGUCCUUAUACAUAUCGGUUCUGCCAAGGAGUGUGAUUUCUAUGUGAAUGAACUGAUGGCACUGGUAUCUUUGCAAGAUUUCAAUCUCGUAAAAGCGGAGUUGGGAUAUUUCAUAGCCAACUACAAGUUGCUUUCAGGAAAAAUAAAAGACGCCAACGAUUUGAUUGCUGCGGCUGAUGAAGACUUCAACUCUUCCGUGUUCACGAACAAAUUCGUCGAGCUGCAAAAACUUGAGACGCAUGCCUUAUUGUCACAAUUGACGCAAAACCAAGAUCUAACGGAGUCUUAUUACAGUGCCAUCGACGACCUUUUUGAGUUCUUGAAAUCUGACAACUCUGACGAGCAUGGUCUGCGUGAUCAAAUUUCGGAUGAGUUCGUUCACUCUGCAGAAGAGCAUACUUUGAUUGAAAGAGCUAGACUCUCGAUUGAAUUCCAGAGGUCAAUGUCAGCCCUGAACGGUGCGCUUGCCAGAACCUCUUCUGAAAACAGCUGCAAACAGAGCUUCCAGUACGAUGCUCUUCGCUCUGCGUCUUUGAAGGGUAAGAUGAUGCUCAGCAAGGGCAAGCGGUUCAUUGUGGAGAAGCCGGAGUUUUCAGGAUUGGAAGACUCUGCCAUCGUAUUGAACUCUGUGUGCUCGAGUGAAAAUGAAACCAAGUCCUUGAAGUCAGCUCUUGGGGGACUAUUUGAUUCCAAAGACUUGCUGUUUCGCUGCAUGCAGAACGGCAAAUAUUUCAAAGGAUACGAGUAUGAGGAAGUACUGAAAACAUACCUAUGUGCAAUCAGCUACUCAGGUGCAUUCACUGGUACCAGCCUGAAAGUUCCAGAGUUGAUGUUCACUGCUGAUUCACAAAAGUACACUUUCUUUCAGAACGACAAGCAAUUGCAAGAUAUGGAAGAGCAAACGAAGUCACUGCUACCGUCUCCAAAAUCGUUGACCUUCGAAUUGGAUACUCGCUCCAUUUCUUCAGAUAUGGUAAAACUGAUUCCCCAGAACUGGAAGGUGAUAUCGAUUGAUAUAUGUUCGAUCACAGGCGACCUUUUGAUAUCAUCGUUUCAGCCAUCGAGCGAGUCGCAAAUUUAUGCACGUCUUCCCUUGAAUAGACAUGCUGCUAGAGAUGUGAAUGAAAGGUCGCUCACAUUUCUAGAUGGGCUCAAAGAGUUAAAGACCAUUAUUCACGAAAGCGACCAGACAACGGAUGUCAGUCGUACUUCCAAAGUCAAGACCAAAGAAGACCGAGCUGAGUGGUGGAAAGAACGUGGGGAAUUAGAUCUGAAAUUGCAAAAUUUGAUCUGUGAUGCCGAGUAUCUUUGGCUUGGUGGCUUCAGAAGCAUCUUCAACACUCGCAAAAUUGACCCUCACGACCUCCAAGAUUUCAAGCUCAAAUUCCUGGAUAUUCUAGCAGCCCACUUGCCUUCAAGAAACACAACCAGAUCUCUCGGGAGGAGAUCUACAGAGCAAGUUGAGCUGAGUGACACGAUAUACGAGCUUUUCUUAAAGCUUGGAUUACCAUCCAAACUGGAGCGCAUCGAGUUCCUGGAAGACCUGAUGUAUUUUGUGCUCGACAUUUUGCUCUUUCAUGGUGAGGAAAAUGCAUACGAUGAAAUUGACCUCGAUCAGCUCUACAUCGAUAUCGAGAGUCUGAUUGAGCUAUCUGUAUCUCAUAUGGAUAUGAAACCACACGAAUCAGAAGCUGAUCACAUUGUCUUGGUUCUGUCGUCUGCAUGCCAGUACUUUCCAUGGGAGUCGCUUCCAAUCCUGAGAGAUCUGUCAGUGUCAAGAAUGCCAUCGUUCAAGCUUCUUUUGCAAGUUCUUGAAAACCAUGGAUUAGACCCUGUUGAUGCUAAUUCAGGAUACUAUGUCUUGAACCCCGGUGGUGACUUGAACCGUACUGAAAAGAACUUCAAGGAUUCGUUCGAGGCUCUCCCAGGAUGGACAGGGAGAUCUGGUGAACCCCCAUCUGAAAACGAGCUCAUAACAGGCAUUGCAAACUCGGGGUUGUUUGCAUAUUUGGGACAUGGAGGUGGUGAGCAGUACAUCAAAUCCAAGACAAUCAAAGCUCAGUCUCGCUGUGCUCCUGCACUGUUGCUGGGGUGUUCUUCGGGAGCUUUGAGAGCCAAUGGCGUAUUGGAAUCCUAUGGAACGGUCUAUAACUAUCUGGUGGGUGGCUCGCCAAUGGUGCUUGCGUCUAUGUGGGAUGUGACUGAUAAAGAUAUGGAUAGAUUCACUGGUUCUAUGUUGGACCAAUGGGGAUUGUUUCCAAAAUCAGAGGUCUCUUGUAAUAAAACAAUAGGGCAGGCCCUUCCCGAAGCCCGGGACACAUGCACCCUGAAAUAUCUCAAUGGUGCGGCGCCAGUGCUGUAUGGACUGCCGUUGCAUCUGGUCAAAUGA